CCAGCUGUUACAGCGGCUUGCUACUUCUCCAUCAGGAGAGGGCUUGCUACUUCUCCAUCAGGAGAGGGCUUGCUACUUCUACCUUAGGACUUGGACCUAGAGGCUGGAAUGCCCGUCCACUCCAGUUUAAGUGUCUGUAAUGCGUCUUCUGUCUCCAAGGCAGAGUUAUAUCCGGUAAAGUUGCACAGGACUGAGUGGUCACGCAGUGUGACCAUUCACAGCAGGUUAGGCGAUUAAGAGAGACAGCUCAGCCAGGUCAAGGUUCGCGCGCACGAGCAUAGUAAAACUUAUAAAGAAACAAAAAAUCGCCCCCAAACUCAAAAGCCUUUCUCUCCUUUCUACCUGGAAUUAGGGUCAAACCUAGCAGGUGCAGGGUCAUCGCGGCCACGCCCUUUAAUCCUGGCAGUGCUGAGCCAGCCCUCGGUCCCCGCCCUGAGCCAGCCAGCUGUCCCGCAGUGGGCAAGGAUGGCAGAGGAGGAGGGAGGUGUGGAGGAGGGGGAUGUGUUCCUGGCGUUCGCCCAGGGUCCCACUCCCCCUCGGGGCCCCCUGCGGCGCGCUCUGGACAAGGUCUUCCUCGCCUUCUUGGUCCUCUUCCUGACGCUGCUGAUGCUGGAGGCUGCUUACAAACUGCUGUGGCCCCUGCCGUGGGCCACGUUUCGGGACUGGCUCCUGAAGACACCUGAGGAGGAGGCGGCGCUGGAACUGUGAGCGGCUCCCUAUAGACACCCUGUCCUUGCUGCUGAGGGGCAAUUGCUGUUUUACAUUCUUGUGUAGCCUGCUCGAAGAUGAGCUGUUCUAUCAACGGCUUAACCUGCUCUGUAUCUCCAAAAAUUCUUCCUGCCGCUUCCGUCAUCCUUGCCACAAAAUCGGAAAACGGCUCC